GCGACAGACCGUGUUCCGCGCCGCAGCACACAUCUUCUCCAGCGGAAGAAUGCAGCAUAAACCCAUAGUUUCAGUGUGAUGGAGAUGCCCAGUGGAUGAGCGCCAGUGCACUUAGUCAUGGGAACAUCGCAUUUACAUCCAUCUGCAUUUUAGUUAGCUGCCGGUGGUCCUGUUAUGCAACAUGCAGCCCUGGAGUUACUGGAAGAGUCCUGUGAGUGGGCCUUCCUGAAACCAGGGAGUUUCCAAGCCCACCCAUGCCUGUCAUUCCCAUUCCACGGAGGGUCCGCUCCUUCCAUGGCCCUCAUACUACCUGCAUGCACUCUGCCUGUGGCCCGGCGCGCACCGCCCAGCUCGUACGCAGCAAAUACAACAACUUUGACCUGUACCUGAAGUCUCGAUGGAUGUAUAGUUUCAUCCGGUUCCUUCUCUAUUUUGGCUGCAGUCUUUUAACCUCCCUCCUCUGGGUGGCACUAUCUGCACUCUUCUGCCUGCAGUACAUCAGCGUGCGAAUUUUCCUUCGCCUUCAAUACAAGCUGUCCGUCAUUCUACUGCUGCUGGGUCACCGCCGGCUGGACUUUGGCAUCGUCAAUGAUCUGUUUAUAUACAGCAUGCAUGUUACCAUGUUUCUGAUCGGAGGCCUGGGAUGGUGUUUCAUGGUUUUUGUUGAUAUGUGAAGUUCGGACUGGUUGAAUGAUCACUGUGUUGAAUGACACUCCGUUUGAUUUGCUUUCUGAGCAUGCAACAUUUACACAUCUUGACAAAACUGAGAACAUGUGUGUAACACUAUUAAAAAGAGCUGAAAUCCUUUUCCACAGCUUGCUUCUCAUUCCAGUGUAAGAAAAAUGUUAUGAGCGUGUAUGUUUUUUUUUUUGUUUUUUUUUAAUAUUAAUUAAAUGUGUUGUGUGUUGUAUUCUAACACUGUGCUAGGGAAAUAGGAUUUACGUUUUGUUUUUAAUGUCAGUAAACCAAUGUUUCAUAUAUUUUUAUAUCUGCAUGUGCCUCUUAUGUUUUCUUUUGAGAAGGUGCUAUUUAAUCUAGGUUUUUCUUCCUUCCAUUCUCAUGCAGAAAUAUCCUUCGCUAAUGGCCACUUUCAGCUUACUUGCAGUGUGCAGACCAUAUUAUUAGUAUGGUGCCAAUCAGAGCAUGAGUCUAAUGCCCCAUGUUGCAUUAGUGUGGUGUUAUUGGCGCCAGCCUGGCAUGAAAGUAAAGUGAGUGAGUACAAUCUCCUAUUGUUUGAGGAUCAAACAUCAUAUGCCUCACACUUGGCCAAGCAUGCUCUUUUGUUCUGAAACUGAAUGGACACCAGUGACAGUUCAGACAAACCAUUGUACAGCCCAACCCAGAAGGAUCAAAGCCCUGAUGAACUGACACAUGUACAGCUGCCGGAUGACUGGAGUAUCACCUGUGUCAAAGGGAGGGACACAUAUCUACAACUGCAGACCUGCUCAAAUAGUUGUUGUGAUGUAGCACAGUUCAGUAACAUCUCAGGAACAGCGUCAAAACACUAUGAAUAAAAACUGCAAAUCUUA